AUGCAACUCUCGUUUAUUCUCGGGACACUUAUGUCCUUUGUUGCUAUUACUGCUGCAUAUCCCACACUAGAUUUGGGGACGAAACAUACUUCUUUGGCUAAGCGCGAGGGGCUUGACACUGAUCUCACUCGCUAUCUGAAUGCUAGGAUGCCUGACAACAGUCAUCUUUCAGCGCCCAACGAUCCUGACGAUCCUCCGAGUCCUGAGCUUAAUUCCAGCAGCUGA